AGUCUACAACUACUUUGAAUCUUUUGACUAAACAACAAUACUUGUCUUUUCUGCUCGUCAGUCAUCACGCAUUAACCAUAGCCAACCUAUCCAAUUUAAAAGGACGAGAAAUCAAACGUCUCUCAUCACUACGCUACAGUCACAUAUAUAUUAUUUUAAGCUCCAUUUUUUCCUUAAACUCAUCUUCUCGUAAAGUCCAAAGGGAGAGAGAGGGGAAAAAUGGUGGUGGAGAGAGAUAUCGAUGAUCUUCCAAAGAAUGCGGCAAACUACACAGCUCUCACGCCGUUAUCCUUCUUGGAAAGGGCGGCGAUGAUUUAUCCCAACAGAAAAUCAUUAAUUCAUGGGUCCGUUGAAUACACAUGGCUUCAGACUUAUCGCCGUUGCUGUAAACUGGCUUCUGCUCUUACCAAACGCUCCAUCACUUUCGGAAGCACGGUUGCUGUGAUUGCGCCAAAUGUUCCUGCUAUGUAUGAAGCUCAUUUUGGAAUUCCAAUGGCUGGAGCUGUUUUAAAUGCUGUCAACGUUCGUUUAAAUGCAGACACAAUUGCUUUUCUUUUGGGCCAUUGCUCAGCUGCAGUUGUCAUGGUGGACCAAGAAUUCUUUCCAUUGGCUGAGGAAGCUUUAAAAAUUUUACAAGAUAAGAGUGAAGGAAAAUCAAAUCGACCACUUAUUGUAGUUAUUGCUGAUAAAAAUUGUGAUCCCGCCCCACUUCAAUAUGCUUUAGAGAAAGGGGCAGUUGAAUAUGAUAAUUUCUUGGAAACUGGUGACCCAGACUUUCCAUGGAAGCCACCACAGGAUGAGUGGCAGAGUAUUGCUCUGGGCUAUACUUCUGGUACGACAGCUAGUCCUAAAGGAGUGGUGCUUCAUCAUCGUGGUGCGUAUCUUAUGGCUUUAAGUAAUGCCGUUGUUUGGAGUAUGAAAGAGGGAGCUGUGUACCUUUGGACUCUACCAAUGUUUCACUGCAAUGGUUGGUGUUUCACUUGGACACUUGCAGCAAUUUGUGGGACCAACAUAUGCCUUAGACAGGUAACUGCAAAGGCUGUUUAUUCUGCCAUAGCUCACCUUGGUGUAACCCAUUUCUCUGCUGCACCUGUGGUGCUCAAUACCAUAGUUAAUGCUUCAAAAGAGGAGACCAUCCUUCCCCUGCCUCGGCUAGUACAUGUAAGCACUGCUGGUGCUUCUCCUCCUCCUCCUGUUCUUGCUGCAAUGACUCAACGUGGCUUCCGUGUCUUACACACUUAUGGCCUUUCUGAAACCUAUGGCCCCUCCACUAUAUGCACAUGGAAGCCUGAGUGGGAUUUACUUCCCACAGAUGUUCAAGCGCGUCUCAAUGCACGUCAAGGUGUCAGAUAUGUAAGCCUGGAGCAUCUAGAUGUAGUUAACCCCACGGACAUGAUACCUGUUCCAGCCGAUGGGAAAACUAUGGGAGAAAUCGUCUUCAGGGGUAAUGUUGUGAUGAAAGGCUACCUGAAGAACCCGAAAGCCAAUGAAGCUGCUUUUGCAGGAGGUUGGUAUCACUCUGGUGAUCUUGCUGUAAAACAUCCUGAUGGAUAUAUUGAAAUAAAAGACAGAUCAAAAGACAUCAUCAUAUCUGGUGGUGAAAAUAUUAGUAGUGUUGAGGUCGAGAAUAUCCUAUAUCAACACCCAGCAAUACUGGAGGUAUCCGUAGUUGCAAGGCCUGAUGAGCAAUGGGGAGAGUCACCUUGUGCAUUUGUGACAUUAAAGCCUGCUGUAAAGGAAACAGAUCAGCAACAGGUUGCAGAGGAUAUUAUGAAAUUUAGUCGAUCAAAGAUGCCUAGGUACUGGGUCCCAAAGUCAGUGUUUUUCGGACCAUUGCCAAAGACAGCUACAGGAAAAAUACAGAAGCACUUGUUAAGGGCAAAGGCAAAGGAGAUGGGACCAUUGAAGAAGAGUAGAUUGUAAAUGUAACACGAUUUUGUCUUUGUAAUUCUAAGACGUCUGCUGUUUUAAGUGCUUGGUCUAUGCGUCUCUGUGUAUCCAUGAUCUUCCUUGUAGAUAAAUAAGGUUAUAUUUCAGAUUUUUGCUAGAUAAUCAUGGAAGGGUACCAUGUAAGUUUUUGUUAUCAUGAACUAUUGGUGUUCAUUGUAUUUUAAACUGAAUGGUAACUAUUGGUCUUUA